AUGCCACCGCGACAGGGGAAAAGACAUGACCUGGCGGUGUGGGGCCCACCACCGCCACUGCCAGCGUCGUCGACACAGGCGUCGCUGUCAGCGGCCAGCAGUGGUGGCGCCGCGUUGGCGCCUGGCCCUUUGUCAGCAUUUCAGAAACGCUUUGCGAAUCGCACGGAGGUGGUCGGCAAGGGUGGGGCCAACGCACACCUCGGCGUAGCUGGCGCGCUGGCAAGGGCGGACGACGCUGCCUCCACAGUGCAGCCCAAGCCAGGCAUAUUAGCACCGCUCCCUCCUUCACGGAAAAGGACACCUCCUGAAGCGAUGGGUACCGCGGCCGUCUUCUCCGCACCCCCAGCGCAGACAGUAGUUGCAGCCGGAAAACACAUCGCAAAGACGCCAGAGCGGAUUCGCAUCGUGGCCCCGAGUGAACAGACCCGCCUUCCCUUGCCGUUGCUUCCGCAGGAGAACACGCCCACGUCCUCCCCAACCCCUGGGCUGCAUCGCGGUUCUCGUACAUCUCGUUCUCCCACGCCAGCGGCUCCUGAGGAGAGGGUGGCGGUGAAGUGCAUUCUUGCUCCAUCCGCUGCCGCCGCCAUAGCUGCCAGGUUCUUUGCUGCGCCGGGGAACGGCAUCGCCGAAACGAUCAACCCGUCGUGGUUGCCCCUUCAACACGGCACAGGCCUUCGACGGCGUUCGUCUACGGCGUUGUCUUCGCUGGGCCCAUCAAUGGCGUCGCCGCACAUACAGAGCCCCGCCAAGGCAGCUGCGGUCUCGUUGACACCGCCGCCGCUUUCUACUAGGCCAGACCGAGGUGAGCUGUUCUCCGUACCACAGCCAAAUCACCUCUUUGGGCCGCCGAUGAAGCACCAUCGACCGGCGCUGACGGUUACUGCUGCAUCUCCAGGCCACCCACAGCACUCCCAGCUGGUGAAAGCUUUGUCACCACCGGCAACGAGUUUAAAUGCAGGUCGGUACGCGGCGGCAGCGGCGUCGCGUAGCACUUCGGAUGGCAACAAGUCAGUGACUCACAAACCGCAUUCACUCAAGGCGUACAAGGCGCUUAUGGCAGACGUGGCAGCGCGAAAGUUUGGCGGGUUGGGGCCCAGCGACACGGAUGAGCAGCGGGCUGCGCGAGAGAAACGCGAAAGAGCCAAAGCGUACGCUAAGCGGGCGAUGGAGGUGGCGCGUGCCUCACUUGCAGGUGUGGGCUCGCGCGCGUGCGAGGACAAGGGCGACCCCGGCACCAUCACCACCACCCCGGUCUCCCCCUCUGCAGAUGCUGGCAGAAAGCGAGGCCUUUCAUCAGCGCGAUCGUCCUCAUCAGACACAAGUGCAACGACUACAACUACCACGACUACUUGCACGUUAACGUCACGCUCGGCUUCUGCAGAGCCUAUUGAGCGUCAUAGGCAGACGCGGAGAAGAGCCACUCGUUCAGCCCCGCCACCACAAGGAACCCCUCCACGGCACGUGAAGUCGAAGCCGCCACGGGCGUCCACCCCACUGUCACAGCUGCCGGCUGCUGUCGUCAACAGCGACGUGCUCCCCCUGUCCUGCUCAGAAGAGGAGAGCACCAACUCCAAGAGCCCGAAAGCGGUGCCAUCGCCGUCGCCAGCACCUCCCCGGGCAUCGCCAGCUGUUGCCCCCUUCGCGGUAGCGGCUGCGUCUCGGAGACAGACUAAACAAGCACGACAACGCCGCGAGCGCGCGCUGGCCUACGCGCGCGAGGUCUCGCAGAAACGCCAACUGCCACCGACCGCGGAGUGUGAGGAUGAUGACGAGACUUGCACGGCACCACGGGCUGGGCGAGUGGUGAAGAACGGCGCCACCGAAGAUGCAGAUGAGGAUGACAUGCAGCUGGGCGGGGCUGCCUGCGUCUCUUCGCUUAGCGCAGUUCGAGGCGCUGACACGUUCAGUCUGGAUCGAGCUCAGCGACUGCAACGCCUGCUAGACCUGGAAGCGCUCCAUGCGAAGAAGAAGGAGGCGGUGGAGGUGAUUCGCCGACAUCUGUGUGCGCGAGAACAAACAAGAGGCUGA